UUGAGGUGGUAGUUGGGGAUGCAUCUGAAGCUAUCGUCUCUCGUUAUGCACUUGCUGGAGCAGUUGGGCUGACGAUGUUCGAUCGGAAGUCGAUGUCCGUCUGGCGGGAGAGUGUUUCUGUGUUUUCCUAUGCAUUUUAUCCUCGAAAAUCGUGAAUUUCCCGGUUGUCGUGUUCCUCCGAGAGGCCUUUGCACUAUCUCCGCUUCAACAAUUUCAUGCAUAUAUGCCGCCACUAUCUGACCUCGUCCUGGGAAAUCCUUGGCCUCAUACAGAAAUCGGCUAAUUUGUUUGUUCUGAUUGUUAUUGCAGCGAUAUCUCGUCCGGCAGCUACGCACCGUGUAUGCAUCUCGAGAAAGUUCGCGGUACAGUGCUCCACAGAAAAGUCUUACCAGGGCUACCUUGCCAAGCCAAACAUUCGACACGUGAAUUUUGCCGAAGCGAAAAUAUUCAGAUAUUGAGAAAGUGCGGGUGAAUGGAAUCAAAACAACAAUAAGCGAAGAUAAGAAUUCUUUUUGAAGUGAAAUGCGGAUACGGGAAGAUGUGUUGGGUCUGAGUACGCGGUGAAGAUACAUUUUCUUAUUUUAGUACACGCUGGGGAGGGUUCCUUCAAGGUCCACGGGGCACGAUAAGCGAAACGGCUACAAGUCGCCGCUUCUAAAUUGGUGUGCGGAGCUGCUUCUAAUCUGCUCGGGUGGAAACAUAAACAAUCUAAAACGAAAAGAGAAGAUACAAUAAUCGGACCAUCGACAAAUAGUGAAAAUCGUGUCAGUCAGUCACUCAGCAAAAACAAUAGUCAUAGUACAUACUCUUGCGUGUGAUCUGUGUUCUUUGAACUGUGGCUGCUUUCCAUUCCUGUACUAUUCGUUAUUAUUGUUAAUGCACUCAGUUUUUCAAGUUGAGUACGAUCAUAGAGUAGCAGGGUUGUGUGGCCAAUAGUCCAGAAUCUAAUCGAGAUAAACCGCAACAAAAAGAUCGCAGAUACGAUCAAGUAGGGUUUCAAUCAGUUGUGAAGUGUUCAGUGUACAUUGUGGGUCUUUCGGAGCAAUCGGCACCAUUGUUUCCAGUGAACCAGUGCUUGAAAUCCUCCGUGUUUUGCUAGUUCCGGGCUAUCUGACACAAAAAAGAAGAGAUCGGUUAGCAUCUUGUAUCUUUUUUGUAGCGCUGAGUUUGUUAGUGCGAGGAUCUUUUGUGUGAAGUUAAGGGCGAUAGUUUGAUUCAAGUGUCCAAAUUGGAUUUGCAGUGGAUGUUGAAACAGGCGGUCCUUUCUUACCCAGCUUGCCUUUUUCACUAGUUUCUGAUUAGUCCAACCCAAGCGCACCACAUCAAAAUGAUUACCACUUAUCACUAAGUGAUAUUUUGAAAGUUAACCAUAUUAUCAUUAUCCCCUUAAAAGACAAGGCUUAAAAGGGUGACUUUCUCAUCACAAUCUUUGAACAGUAAAAGAAGUAACGGAGAGAUCAAAGGAAAAAUCACGGAGCCGCUAUCAAAAUGACGGUACUAUCAAAAUUAACUGAUAGUACUCUAAAGAAAUAUGAACAAUUGGGCGGAACUAGAGAGGCCUUAAGUAAGGCCUUCAUAGGUGCGGCAAUUUUUGCAUAUACCGUUAAAUUAACAUAUCCAAUUCUACGCAAUCAACUUAGCGGAGGCAAAGGCUGCAGAGGCUCAUCAGACUCUGAUAAAACUAGCAAAAAUUAUAACAAUAAUAACAAUAGUGUCGUAAAAGUUAAAACAAAAUCAAGAAAAAAUACCGAAAAUGAAGAUGAACUUCAAACGAAGGUUGCUCAAGCUGAGAAAAUUCUAAGUAAGUCGAAACGUUUGAAAACUAAACGACAACCGGGGUUGAAUUUAGACUUUUUAUUACAACUAAAAAAACUAUUGGAGAUUAUGAUACCACGCCCAUUAUGCUAUGAAACCGCCUUGCUGGGAAUUCAUACUGUUUGUUUGGUAUCCAGAACAUUUCUUAGUAUAUACGUGGCAGCCCUUGAAGGUGCUAUUGUGAAAUUUAUUGUACGAAAGGAUAUUAAAAAUUUUGCAUUGAUGCUGUUGAAAUGGUUUGGUAUUGCAAUACCGGCAACAUUUAUAAAUUCAAUGAUACGAUAUUUAGAAAAUAAGUUGGCGUUAGCGUUCAGAACAAGACUGGUUAAACAUUCGUACCACCUAUACUUUAAGAAUCAAAAUUACUAUCGCGUAUCAAAUUUAGAUGGGCGUAUUGAGAAUGCCGACCAUCGAUUAACUGAAGACAUAUCAGUUUUUGCUAGUUCCGUGGCACAUUUAUAUAGCCACUUGACAAAACCAUGUUUCGAUUUAAUGCUCAUUGGGCUAGCAAUGAUGCGAUCAUCACAAAAAAUGCGAGCUAAUAUAUUUUCAGGACCACUUUUAGCCUUUGUUGUGAUAUCAACAACCGCCCAUAUUUUACGUAUUGUUUCGCCGAAGUUUGGCCUUCUAGUUUCGGAGGAAGCAAAUCGUUAUGGUCAUCUACGACAUAUACAUUCUAGGAUAAUUACGAAUGCCGAAGAAAUUGCCUUCUAUGGAGGUCAUAAGGUGGAGCUAAUUCAACUACGUGAGGCCUACAAUCGACUAGUCAGCCAAAUGAAUAUGAUUUUCUCGCAAAAAUUGUGGUUUGUAAUGUUGGAACAGUUCUUUAUGAAAUACGUGUGGUCUGGCACGGGAAUGGUGAUGGUGUCCUUGCCCAUUUUGACAUCGACAACAAGGAAAGACAGAGAUAAUAGUACCAAUGUAAGCGAACGAACUCAGUAUUUAACAACAGCCCGGAACCUUCUCAUAUCAGGAGCGGAUGCUAUCGAGCGUCUGAUGUCAUCCUACAAAGAAAUCGUCGCCUUAGCUGGUUAUACCUAUCGUGUAGCUGGCAUGCUAGAAGUUUUUGAAGAAACAGCUCAGGGUAUCUAUAGUAAAACGCGAAUUUCAGAAGCACGUCGUGCUGAAAGCAUUUUGGAGUUCCAAAAUGGUCAACCAUUGGCCAAGGGUAAGAUCAUCUAUACAGACGAUGAUCAGACUUCGGGUAUUUACUUGCAUAGUGUACCGAUUGUCACCCCGAACUGUGAUAUUGUUGUACCCAGCUUGACCUUGUCUAUUGAGCCUGGUAUGCAUUUGUUUAUAACUGGCCCGAAUGGAUGCGGUAAGUCGAGUUUAUUCCGGAUAUUGAGCGGUCUUUGGCCGAUUUACGGUGGGGAAUUGCAUAUACCACGUCCUAUUGAGGGAAAACCCUGUAUGUUCUACAUACCACAACGGCCGUAUAUGUCAAUUGGUAGCCUAUGUGAUCAGAUCAUCUAUCCUGAUACCAGAGAGGACAUGGAUCGAAAGAAUGUAACAGAAGCACAACUGAGGGAGGUUUUGAAGAUGGUUGCGUUGGAGCAUAUAGCCGAAAGAGAUUCCUUUGAUGUGGUUCGAGAUUGGAAGGACAUACUAUCGGGAGGCGAAAAACAGAGAAUGGCGAUUGCGAGAUUAUUCUACCACAAACCAAAAUACGCUCUCCUAGACGAAUGCACAAGUGCUGUGUCGGUUGAUGUUGAAAGCUCAAUCUAUGAAAUUGCCAAAAAUAUGGGUAUAACCUUAUUGACCAUAACACAUCGCCCAACAUUACGAAAAUUCCAUACUCAUCUUCUGGAGUUUGACGGCCAAGGUAAUUGGACAUUCCAGCCUUUAGGUAAUGUGGAGAGUUCACCAAGCGGAAAGCUCCGAUAGAUUGGGGUUUGGAGAGUCGUAUUGAUUUCAUAGAUUGAUUGGAAAAGCGGGACUGAGAGAGACGGGAGAGAAAAAAAAGUCUCCUCUUUCAGUUCUUUUUAUAACGACGGAAGCAGAAAUUCUCCAAGGAUAACAACGUAACCAACAUCUUUUUUACGACUCUCCAUUUCAAAGAAAGGAGUUGUAUAUGAAUAUGUAAAUUAUAUAAAUAUUGUAGAGAAAUUAAAUAAUUAGUAAAAAAAUCAUUUAACCAUAGUGGAA